UUUGCCUGCUUUCUAGCUUCCACAAAAUAUUGCAUAAAAAUAGUACUUUUCACUUCCUUUCCUAACUCCCCACGAAACAGGGCUAAAUUGGUUACUCCAUUCCCUAAUGGGCAGCUUCGAAGCCCAGGAAAAAGGACUUCACUGGAUUAUUAUUUGGAGAAAGUGUCAUGGAAGUUCUGCGCCCACAGCUUAUAAGAAUUGACGGUAGGAAUUACAGGAAGAAUCCCAUCCAAGAACAGACUUACCAACACGAAGAUGAUGAUGAGCACUUCUAUCAAGAUGCCAUGGAGUGUGCUGAUGAGCCCUGCGAUGCCUAUGAGGUGGAGCAGACCCCGCAAGGAUUCCGGUCUAUCGUCAGGGCCCCCAGCCUGCUUUACAAGCAUAUAGUUGGAAAGAGAGGUGACACUAAGAAGAAAUUAGAAAUGGAGACCAAAACUUCUAUCAGCAUUCCUAAGCCUGGUCAAGAUGGAGAAAUUGUAAUCACUGGCCAGCAUCGAAAUGGUAUAAUUUCUGCUAGAACUCGCAUCGAUGUUCUUUUGGACACUUUUAGAAGAAAGCAGCCUUUCACUCACUUCCUUGCCUUUUUCCUCAAUGAAGCUGAGGUUCAGGAAGGAUUCUUGAAGUUCCAGGAGCAAGUACUGGAGAAGUGCUCAAUGGAUCAUGGAGUUGAUAGCACCAUUUCAUUUUCCAGCAAAAAGCUCCACCUAACUAUAGGAAUGUUGGUGCUUUUGAGUGAGCAGGAAGUCCAGCACAGCAGAGAGAUGCUGCAGCGGUGUAAAGAGGAGUUCAUUAAUGACAUAUCUGGGGGCAAACCACUGGAAGUAGAGAUGGCAGGAAUUGAAUACAUGAAUGAUGAUCCUGGUAUGGUGGAUGUUCUUUAUGCCAAAGUCCAUAUGAAAGAUGGCUCCAAUAGGCUUCAAGAAUUAGUUGAUCGUGUGCUGGAACGUUUUCAGGCAUCUGGACUAAUAGUGAAAGAGUGGAAUAGUGUGAAACUGCAUGCUACAGUCAUGAAUACACUAUUCAGGAAAGAUCCUAAUGCUGAAGGCAGAUACAACCUCUACACAGCAGAUGGCAAAUACAUCUUCAAGGAAAGAGAAUCAUUUGAUGGCAGAAACAUUUUAAAGUUGUUUGAGAACUUCUACUUUGGCUCCUUAAAACUCAAUUCAAUUCACAUCUCUCAGAGGUUCACAGUAGACAGCUUUGGAAACUACGCCUCCUGUGGACAGAUUGACUUCUCCUGAGCUGGAUCUUGGAAAGCACUAGAAAUUGAGCAUCCUCCCAAGGGCAGCAGCCACAGAAGCAGUAGCAUCAGCGGGAUGUGCCAGGUUCCCUGGAAGAAUGUCAGCCACAGACCAGCAGGACGGAGUGCUCCCCUAACAGACGCUCCUGUCCCAUCAGUCCUUUCCGAUGCUCUGCUAGGGAGCUCCAGCCUCUUCUCCCCUUUCUUACUUUCUUCCUCCCUUCAUUUCUUCUCCGUUCUUUCUUUCAUUUCUGUUCUUAUCUUGAUUUUUACUUUCUAUUCUUUAAGUCUGAGCCCUGUGUGUUAGAUUGUGAGGACUGUGUCCUAACACUCAGAAAUUUGGUACUAAGCAGAAGUUUGUGAAUAAAUAAAUUUCCAAAGUAA